AAGUUCGACUUGAGUGACAAACUUCAAUCAAAUGGAUAAUGAGAAUACAACGCUGAAAACAGGAUAUCUAUUGAAAUUUGAGCCAAACAAAAGAUGGAAGAUCAGAUGGUUAGUGCUUCAUGAAGAUCAACUGACUUGCCAUCACAGACGUGACAAGACAGUAAUAGUCACCUUCAUUUCAUUGCAUGGAGCAUCAGUUAUCUGCCCUUGCUUAGAUGACCCUGUUGCUGAUGCUCAGGGAGUAUUCAAGAUAGUUUUGCCAGAGGGUGAGGAGAUAUACCUACAGGCAGCUGGGAGGAAAGAUCGUGAAGGAUGGGCUCAUGCCAUUGGUGCUGUGAUACGCUCCAUUUCAGGCUCAAAACAGGUUUCAAAUGGUAGUGUGCCAUUUCCAGCUUUCAGAGCUAAAGUCAAUGUCAGUGAAAUUCUUGGAGCAAUACAAGAUCCUGAUGCUGGAGUCAUGCUAGCCAACCAUGUCCGUAAUGGAGCUGUACAUAAAAACUGCUUCAAGGGCAGCGAUGUGGUUGAUUGGCUGAUUAGGUGGUCAAUUGUGAGGAAACGAGAUGCAGGAUCAGCAAUGGUUCAAACAGUGCUCAAAUUAGGCCAUGUCCAGGAAGUCGAUAUCAAUGAUGGUGCUGCUGGAGCCUCUGCAAAGUUUAGUGAUGAUGAUAAACUUUACAGAUUUACUUCAUUGAAUCUUGGGGGCAAGAGAAACAGUUAUUAUGACAGCACAGAUAGCGACUCGGAAUCAUCAGAUGAGGAGGAAGAGAAUGCAAAUGUUGACGUUAAGCACAGGAAGGGAAAAAUUCUCAGGGAAAGAUUCUUACUAAAAAGGAGACACAUAGCCAAGGAUUGGAGAGUGGUACGGGUUAUUUUGAGGGAAAAACCUAGCACCGUUGAGUAUGGUAGAGCUAUCGCUCAGUCUAUAGCUUCAAUCUCAUCAGCCAAGUUCAUUGACCUUGAAAAAUAUGAUGUCCAGAUGUCCAGAAAAGACAGCUUUUCUUCAGGUAGUGGCAGUAAGGGUAAAGUGAAGAAGAAAAUUUGCCUGAAAGACAAAACUGGUAAAGGUCGAUGUCACAUCUUCAAAGUCAAAGAUGAGGAAGAAUGGUAUGAGUGGAAUUCCAUCCUCCAGCAGCUUACUGGUCAGAAACAAGUUACACUUUAG